CGCUGACGCUCAGCUGCGUGGUGGAGACAGCUCAAACCAAGGGCUGGAGCUGCUGUAUUUACGUAGACUGGGCCAUUCAAACGCUGUAUUCACAUCUCAAGCCUCAUAUGCCAUCUCAAAGACGGUGCAGAAUCUCCUGUCUGAGGUGCAAUGGCUAGAAAGACAGACAUUCCUCCUUCAUACUAUGGUGAACCACGCAACUUUGACCCGAGCUUCAGAGGACCUAUCCAUAACAGGGCCUGCACGGAUGUGUUGUGCUGUGUCAUCUUCGUCAUCGUCAUCCUCGGCUACAUCGCUCUGGGCACCGUGGCCUGGAUCCAUGGCGACACCAGGAAGGUGGUCUACCCCACCGACAGCCACGGACAGUUCUGUGGACAGCAGGGGACCCCCAACGCCAACAAAGCCAUAUUAUUCUACUUCAACAUAUUGCAAUGUGCCAAUCCUGCCGUUCUCAUUAACCUCCAGUGCCCUACAACCCAACUCUGUGUCUCCAAGUGCCCAGACAGAUUUGCCACAUACCUAGACAUGCAGUACAACUACAGGUACAACAACAGCUACUGGGAGUAUUACAGGCAGUUCUGCAAGCCGGGCUUCGACAAUCCUAGAAAGUCAGUUGCACAUGUCUUGAGAGAUGAGGACUGCCCAUCUAUGAUAGUGCCAAGCAGACCUUUCCUUCAGAGGUGCUUCCCUGACUUUAUCACCAGGAACGGAACGCUAACUGUCGCCAACAAGACAGACUUCAAAGAUGGGUUAGGUAAAACGAGGAGUGUGAUCGAUCUCAGGGACGCUGCCAAUGGCAUUACCAGUCUGCUAGAUGCCAAGGAGGUUGGCAUGAAGAUAUUUGAGGAUUACGCCAGCUCCUGGUACUGGAUCUUACUAGGUCUGGUGAUAACCAUGGUGGUCAGCCUGGCUUUUAUCCUGCUGCUACGGUUCACAGCCGGAGUUCUCCUGUGGCUCAUCAUCUUUGGAGUCAUCGCUGUGGUGGGCUAUGGGAUCUGGCACUGCUACUGGGAGUUCAGUACACUGAGAGGGAAGCCACACAGUGAUGGUGAUGUUACCAUCUCUGACAUCGGCUUUCAGACGGACUUCAGGGUUUACCUGCAGCUCAGUCAAACCUGGCUCAUCUUGAUGAUCUCCCUAUCAGUCAUUGAGGCGGUCAUCAUAGUAAUACUGAUAUUCCUGAGGAGGAGAGUACGUAUCGCCAUCGCUCUGCUGAAGGAGGGGAGCAGGGCCAUUGGUUACAUCAUGUCCACUCUCUUCUACCCGAUCAUCACUUUUGUGCUGCUGGCCAUCUGCAUAGCGUACUGGGCAGUCAUUGCUGUCUUCUUAGCGUCAUCUGGUGAUGCUGUCUACAAGGUCAUGUCGACGCAGGACAAAUGCAUGUAUGCCAACCUCACCUGUGAUCCAGAGAAGUUCAGUCAGACCAACGUGACCAUGGUGUGCCCAGGCUCCCAGUGCACCUUUGCCUUCUACGGCGGCGAGAGCCUCUACCACAACUACAUCUUAGUGCUGCAGCUGUGCAACCUGCUGGUGUUCCUGUGGCUGGUCAACUUUACCAUCGCCCUGGGACAGUGCACCCUGGCCGGGGCCUUCGCUUCCUACUACUGGGCCCUGAGGAAGCCCCAAGACAUACCAUCAUGCCCCUUGUUUUCCUCCUUUAGCAGGGCUGUACGGUACCACACAGGCUCUCUGGCAUUUGGCUCUCUGAUCCUGGCCUUUGUGCAGAUGUUUCGCAUCGUUCUAGAGUAUCUGGAUCACAAACUCAAAGGUGCUCACAAUGCUUUUGCCCGCUUCCUGAUUUGCUGUUUCAAAUGCUGCUUCUGGUGCCUGGAACAUUUCAUCAAGUUCAUGAACAGGAACGCCUACAUCAUGAUGGCGAUAUAUGGAAAGAGCUUCUGCACUUCGGCCAAAGAUGCUUUCUUCCUCCUGAUGAGGAACGUAGUAAGGGUGGCAGUGCUGGAUAAGGUGACAGACUUUCUCCUCUUCUUGGGAAAAGUGCUUAUUUCAGGGAGUGUUGGUGUUCUAGCAUUCUUCUUCUUCACCCGUAAGAUUCCAGUUAUUCAAGAGGAGGUGCCAUCACUAAAUUACUACUGGGUCCCCCUACUGACGGUGAUAUUUGGAUCCUACCUGAUCGCCCAUGGCUUCUUCAACGUCUAUGCUAUGUGUGUGGACACCUUAUUCCUUUGUUUCUUGGUGGAUCUGGAGGUGAACAACGGCUCUGCAGCCAGACCCUUCUACAUGAGCAGAACCCUGAGACACAUCCUCAACAAGAACACCAACAAGAGGAGGAAAGACAAGAGAUAGACGAGAGAAGAAGAGAGGAACGGAUACAGGGUGACUGGAGGAGUAUGGAUAGACAGAGGCAGGAAAGGUGAUAGGGAAGACAACCGUGUAGGAUCAAGUAGAGAUGGAGGUAAAUACUAAUUCAGGUCCAUAUUGGACACAGACUAUCGCCCCGUAGCAUUCACUUCUGUCAUCAUGAAGUGCUUAGGGAGACUAGUCAAUGAUCAUACCACUGCCACCUUACCUGCCACCCUAGACCCACUUCAGUUUGCAUACCGGCCCAACAGGUCCACAGACGAUGCGAUCGCACACUGCCCUAUCAUAUCUGUACAAGAGGAAUACCUAUGUAAGAAUGCUGUUCAUUGAGUACAGCUCAGCACCAUUGUAACCUCCAAGCUCAUAAUUAAGCUUAAGGCCCUGGGUCUCAACCCCGCCCUGUGCAAUUGGGUCUUGGACUUUCUGAUGGGCCGCCCCUAGGUGGUGAAGGUAGGAAACAACAUCUCCACUUCGCUGAUCCUCAACACUGGGGCACUCAAAGUGUAGUGCCAGGAAAACAGACUCUCACUCAACAAAACAAAGGAGACGAUCGUGGACUUCAGGAAACAGCAGAGGGAGCACCCCCCUAUCCACUAUCCACAUCGACGAGACAGUAGCGGAAAAAGUUUUAAGUUCCUUGGCGUACACAUCAUGGACAAACUGAAAUAAUACACCCACACAGACAGUGUGGUGAAGAAGUUGCAACAGCUUCUCUUCAAUCUCAGGAGGCUGAAGAAAUGUGUCUUGUCACCUAAAACCUCACAAACUUUUACAGAUGCACAAUUGAGAGCAUCCUGUCGGGCUGUAUCACCGCCUGGUACAGCAACUGCACAGCCAUCAACCGCAAGGCUCUCCAGAGGGUGGUGCGGUCUGCACAACGCAUCACCGGGGGCAAACUACCUGUCCUCCAAAACACCUACAGCAUCCCUUGUUACAGAAAGGCCAAAAAGAUAAUCAAGGACAACAACCACCGAGCCACUGCCUGUUAACCUUGUUACCAUCCAGAAGACGAGGUCAGUACAGGUGCAUCAAAGCUGGGACCGAGAGACUGAAAAACAGCUUCUUUCUCAAGGCCAUUAGACUGUUAAACAGCCAUCACUAACACACAGAGAGGCUGCUGCCUACAUACAGACUCAAUCAUUGGCCACUUUAAUAAAUUAAUCACGAGUCUCUAUAAUGCCACUUUAAUAAUGUUUACAUAUCUUACAUUACUCAUCUCAUAUGUAUAUACUGUAUUUUAUACCAUCUAUCUGCUAGGCCAUCGCUCAUCCAUAUAUUUAUAUGUACAUAUUCUUAUUCCAUCCCUUUACAUUGUGUGUAUAAGGUAGUUGUUGUUGAAUUGUUAGAUCACUUGUUAGAUAUUACUGCACUGUCGGAACUAGUAGCACAAGCAUUUUUCUACACUCGCAUUAACAUCUGCUAACCAUGUGUAUGUUACUGAUUUGAUUGCUUCUGAUGGCAUUAUCAUUAUGUGCUUUGGACCUACAGUUGAAGUCUGAAGUUUACAUACACUUAGGUUGGAGUCAUUAAAACUCGUUUCUCAACCACUCCACAAAUUUCUUGUUAACAAACUAUAGUUUUGGCAAGUCGGUUAGGACAUCUACUUUGUGCAUGACAUAAGUAAUUGUUCCCACAAUUGUUUACAGGCAGAUUAUUUCACUUACAAUUCACUGUAUCACAAUUCCAGUGGGUCAGAAGUUUACAAACACUAAGUUGACAGUGCCUUUAAACAGCUUGGAAAAUUCCAGGAAAUUAAGUCAUGGCUUUAGAAUCUUCUGAUAGGCUUAUUGACAUCAUCAGUCAAUUGGAGGUGUACCUGUGGAUGUAUUUCAAGGCCUACCUUCAAACUCAAUGCCUCUGCUUGAUAUCAUGGGAAAAUCAAAAGAAAUCAGCCAAGACUUCAGAAUUUUUUUUGUAGACCUCCACAAGUCUGUUUCAUCCUUGGGAGCAAUUUACAAACGCUUGAAGGUACCACGUUCAUCUGUACAAACAAUAGUACGCAAGUAUAAACACCAUGGGACCACGCAGCCGUCAUACCACUCAGGAAAGAGACUCGUUCUGUCUCCUCAAGAUGAACGUACUUUGGUGCAGAAAGUGCAAAUCUUUCUCAGAACAACAGCAAAGUACCUUGUGAAGAUGUUGGAGGAAACAGGAAACAGAGGGACUUGUGCACUUCACAAAAUAGAUGGCAUCAUGAGGGUGAAAAAUGAUGUGGAUAUAUUGAAACAACAUCUCAAGACAUCAGUCAGGAAGUUAAAGCUUGGUCACAAAUGGGUCUUCCAAAUGGACAAUGACCCCAAGCAUACUUCCAACGUUGUGGCAAAAUGGCUUAAGGACAACAAAGUCAAGGUAUUGGAGUGGUCAUCACAAAGCCCUGACCUCAAUCCUAUAGAACAUUUGUGGGCAGAACUGAAAAAACUUGUGCGAGCAAGGAGGCCUACAAAUCCGACUCAGUUACACCAGCUCUGUCAGGAGGAAUGGGCCAAAAUUCACCCAACUUAUUGUAGGAAGCUUGUGGAAGGCUACCUGAAACGUUUGACCCAAGUUAAGCAAUUUAAAUGCAAUACUACCAAAUACUAAUUGAGAGUGUGUAAACUUCUGACCCACUGGGAAUGUGAGGUAAAAGCGUAAAUAAAUCAUUCUCCCUGCUAUUAUUCUGACAUUUCACAUUCUUAAAAUAAAGUGGUGAUCCUAACUGACCUAAGACAGGGAAUUUUUACUUGGAUUAAAUGUCAGGAAUUUUGAAAAACGUGAAUUUAAAUGUAUUUGGCUAAGGUGUAUGUAAACUUCCGACUUCAACUGUAUGUAAUAUUGGAAUUUAUUAUCUUUCCAUACAGUACUUUAUGUACCAACAAAACAUCACCUUUAAGAGUUUCUCCAGUCAUUUUGUAUACUUUUUAGACAGUUGUUCUGAAAGUAGUGCUCCCGAGCCAAAAGUGGUCCUCAAAUUGGCAUAUAAAUGGCAAUAUAUUAUUAUAAACUCAGCAAAAAAGGAAACGUCCCUUUUUCACUCAGGACCCUGUCUUUCAAAGAUAAUUUGUAAAAAUCCAAAUAACUUCAUAGAUCUUCAUUGUAAAGGGUUUAAACACUGUUUCCCAUGCUUGUUCAAUGAACCAUAAAUAAUUAAUGAACAUUCACCUGUGGAAUGGUCGUUAAGACACUAACAGCUUACAAUUAAGGUCACAGUUAUGAAAACUUUGGACACUAAAGAGGCCUUUCUACUGACUCUGGAAAACACCAAAAGAAAGAUGCCCAGGGUCCCUGCUCAUCUGUGUGAAUGUGCCUUAUGCAUGCUGCAAGGAGGCAUGAGGACUGCAGAUGUGGCCAAGGCAAUAAAUUGCAAUGUCCUUACUGUGAGACGCCUAAGACAGCGCUACAGGGAGACAGAAAGUUCAGCUGAUUGUCCUCGCAGUGGCAGACCAUGUGUAACAACACCUGCACAGGAUCGGUACAUCUGAACAUUACACCUGCGGGACAGGUAUGGGAUGGCAACAAUAACUGCCCGAGUUACACCAGGAACACACAAUCCCUCUAUCAAUGCUCAGACUGUCCCCAAUAGGCUGAGAGAGGCUGGACUGAGGGCUUGUAGGCCUGUUGUAAGGCAGGUCCUCACCAGACAUCACCGGCAACAUUGCCUUUGGGCACAAACCCUGUCAAAAAGUGCUCUUCACUGACGAGUCGCGGUUUUGUCUCAAAGGGUGAUGGUCGGAUUUGUGUUUAUCGUUGAAGGAAUGAGCAUUACACCGAGGACACAUUUUUCCAUUUAUGUCAGUCACAUGUCUGUGGAACUUGUUCAGUUUAUGUCUCAGUAUGUUCAUACAAAUAUUUACACUUGUUAAGUUUGCUGAAAAUAAACGCAGUUGACAGUGAGAA